AUGAUCCACACACCCCCAGUUAUUCGUCUGCUAUCAGCCCUGCUCGUGUUCCUCGCGAUCAUCACCCCGACGAUGGCGCAGAUCACACCAGAACGCUUGUACUACGGCGUAGGACAACGCGUGAUCGUCAACAUCGAAGUACCCGAAGGAUUCUUCGGAGAGAUCACCGUCCGUGUUUAUGACCCAAUCGCCCAAGAAUGGACCCACGAAGCGCCAGCCGCAAGCGGACGCGUCGAUCUCACCAGUUUGCUCCCAUACCUUUGGGAAACCAAACCGCAGACCGUCAGCUACGCACAGCUCGAACUUGACGGCACGCCGACCGGCGCCCCGCUCGUGCUCCAGCCUUUGGUCACACCAAACCGUGCCAAGCUCGUCGACGCAACCACGAUGGCGCUCUCAGAGGACCCCAGAGGAGCAGUAGUCUUCGAAGACAAGCGACUCCCAGCGCUCCAAGGGCAAGGUAAGUCCGAAUCCGGAUUACGACAAGUCACCUUCUCAGGACUCCGUGUGUAUGUCGAUCAAGAAGUCGUCAUGAAGACAAGCGCCGGAGACAUCGUCUUCCGCAUGCGUCCCGACGCCGCACCCAACACCGCAUACAACUUCCUCCAUCUCUCAGACGGCGGCUUCUACACCAACAUCAUCUUCCACCGCAUCGUCGCAGCUCUUCCCAACGGCAAUCCAUUCGUCAUCCAAGUCGGAGACCUCUCAGGAACAGGUUCAGGAGGUCCCGGAUACAUGAUCGAUCUCGAAGACUCAUCACUUCCGCAUGACUUCGGAGUCCUCUCCAUGGCGCGCGAUUCAGAUCCCGACACCAACGGCUCACAAGUUUUCGUCGCACUCUCCAGAGAAGGGACCGCAUUCCUCGAUGGACGCUACACGGCAUUCGCUGAAGCCGUCCAAGGCGCCCAGGUCAUCCGCGAGAUCGCAGCGACUCCAGUUGGAGCCGAGGACCGUCCGAUGGAUCCCCCCAUGCUCCUGAGCUGCACCACGCGCGACGCGCCCCCAAUCCAAGAUCGGCUCCCAGCACUGUCCACGCUGGAACAAUCUCCAGCCGAGCAGCAGCCCGAUCCCAACGAACCGGAUCGUUGA